UAUAUAAAUAGGGAGCAGUGAUCAACCCCUCCCCGAAGGAUAAUGUGUCUUGGAAGAGACAAACCAAUACGGUGAGGCGGCCUACGCCCAUGGGGGCUGAUGGGACUUAGCAGCUGCAGGUUCUGACAGGUUUUAUUAUGGCAGACGAUUGACCCUUCUUGCGGUGCUCGCCAGUGUUGACAAGUACUUGACGGUCCUGACGUGCUCUUUUAAAGAGGAGCCUGAAGUGACGACUAGUUGCUUCUCAUCAAUCUUCACAAUUAUGUCGCGAGCGUCGGGCUACUCUUUUACGCAAUCUGCGCAACUCUUCGGUUGUACAUGUAAUGUAUCGGCAGGCUGUUUUCAUUUUGCAGAGGCUUCUGCGGGCGUUUUGCUGGACAUGUGAGCCUCAUGUUCGCGGCUUGAUGGCAUGGGGCCGCCAGUACAUCAGGAACUACUGCGGCGCGUCGCUUCUUGGAUCGUACGGUGGCGGCUGUCGUCGCUGCAGCGCCGGCCACCAGCGUUGCCAGGCGGCGCAGAGCUGCGGCUGGAGGCAAGCGACGACCCCGUGUGGCAGGGGGCGCUGGGGCUGGCCGUGUGGCCCGCGGCGCCUCCGCUGUGCCGCCACCUGCUGCGGCGCUCCGGCGGCUGCAUGGCCGGCGAGCGUGUGCUCGAGCUCGGGUCCGGCACAGGCGUGGUCGGCCUCUUCGCCGCGGCGCUCGGGGCAGCCACCGUGCUCACCGACUGCCGGCCCGCUGGCCCGCGCGGGGCGGCCGUCCUCGAGCGCCUGCGCAGCAACGCGGAGGCCAACGCGGCGCUCUGCGCCGUCGCGCCGGAGCUCUUGGAGCUGGAGUGGGGCCACCACGAGCAGCAGCAGGCCGUGGCCUCGCGGGGGCCGUUCUCGCUGCUGCUGGGCAGCGACGUGACGUACAGGCCCGCCAGCCACGCGGCGCUCUUGGCGGCGGCGGCACGCGUCUGCGAGUGCCCCGAGGUCCUCGCAGCUCGCUGGGAUCGGCGCUGGACCACCCCUCCCUGGCGCGCGGGGCGCCCCAGGGGCGGCGCCGCAGGCCGGCGGCUCACGCCCGCCGCCGCUGCUGCUGGCGCACCACUCCUGGGGCACGGCGCUGCCCUCGAUGCUGGGCCUGCCAGACGGCCCGCUCGAGCACCUGCGGAAGACCGCGCACGACGGGGGCUGGUCCUUCGAGGAGGUGGAUCGUGAAAGCACGGUGUCCAUCAUCCAGCUGGAGAGGCGCCAGUGAUGCACCCGUCGCGCUCGGGGGCCGCGCAAUCUGAGCUCAGGAUCGCGCUGUGCCGUCACAGUCCUUGGAGCUCGGGCUUCGGAAUCUCCUCUUGCCUCGCCGAUGCGCGCACGCGCCUCAGAGCAGGAGA